AUGUCGGAUCCCUACGAACACAAAGAGAAGACCACAUCUGGAGACCUCAUAACCGAAGAGGGGCGAGAAGCGUCGAUCCCAUGCAGUCCAUCCAUCCACAAGACAUUCAGCCAACGAAACGAGGAUGAAGCCCAAUCCGUCCGCAGCGAGCUCCCUCGCGCCCCAGACGGAGGCCUGCACGCAUGGCUGAAGGUUUUCGGUGGAUUCCUACUAUACAUGAACAUUUGGGGUUUCACGAUCUCCUUCGGCGCGUUCCAGGCUUACUAUCGGGGUAACAUGCUGUCGUCGUCGAGUUCGUCCGCGAUAUCUUGGAUAGGAACGGCGCAGGCGUGGUUGUUGAUCUUGGUUGGAUCUCUCUCCGGUCCGCUGUUCGAUCUUGGGUACUUCCGAUCGAUGCUGAUUACCGGAAACGUGUUGAUUGUGAUCGGCCUCAUGAUGCUGAGUCUCUGCGACCAGUACUGGCAGAUCUUCCUGGCGCAGGGACUCUGCAUGGGCUUGGGGGCUGGGUUACUGUAUGUUCCCAGUCUAGCUCUCGUGGGCAUCUGGUUCGACAAGAGACGGGCGGUGGCCAUGGGAAUCGUCAUGAGCGGCAUAGCAGUUGGCGGCGUCGCAUACAUCAUGACCUUCGACCGCCUCAUAUCCACCGCCGGCUUCCCAUGGACCAUCCGAACCCUAGGCUUCAUGGCCCUCUUCAUCGCCCUAGUCUCCUUCCCCGCCCUCGUCUCCGGCUCCUCGAUGCUCGCCCGGCCCCGCAAAGCACGCGCGCUCUUCGACCGCAGCGCAAUCAAGGACAAACUCUUCUGGAUCUUCACCGGCGCGACCUUCCUCAAUUUCCUCGGCUACAACGUCCCGUACUUCUACAUCCCGACGUUCGCAAGAGAGCGCCUCGGAAGCAGCGACAGCAUGGCGUUUUACAUGCUCGUCAUGAGCAUAUCGGCGAGCUUCUUCGGACGGCUGGCGAGCGGCGUCGCGGCACAUCAUCUGGGCAGCAUUGUCACGUGGAUGAUUUGCUCGCUGUUGGCGGCGAUGAUGGCGUUCGUUUGGAUUGGCAUUGAGACGGAGAGGGCGAUGAUUGCGUUUAGUGUUGUUUGGGGUUUCCUCUCCGCCUCUCUCGUCACGCUCCCCUCCGCCGCGUUCGCAAGCAUAUGUCCCGAUCUGUCGAGAUUGGGAACGCGAUUGGGGAUGUCAUGGGGUGUGACUAGCAUCGCCUCGCUCACCGGCCCGCCCAUAGCGGGAGCUUUGCUUAGGCGGAAGGAGGGACGUACGGACUUCCUUGGUGCGCAGCUGUGGAGCGGUGCUUGUCUGCUGCUUACGGCUGCUGCCACGAUCGAGCGAAGAGCAGAAGGCAAGCUAUUAUACUACGAAACCGUCGGCGAGGCGAUCUGGUAA